AUGGAGGAAGAAAUAAGCGUUAGAAUAGAAGGCAACGCGACAAAACCAGAAAGAACAUUACGUCCGAUAAUGUACGUUUCUUGGUUGCUGGGCGUUGGAGUGGCCAGACCUGGCAACUGUCCAAAAUGGAUCACCAUCGUCCUCCGAGUGAUCCAUUUUAGCCUUUGCUCGGUGAUCGUCGCGUUCAGCGUUGUGGACUUCACAAAUUUCGGCAAAGAAUUCACCAGCAAGCUGUUCGAAAUCAUGUACUGCAUGAACGAAACCAUAUGCCACCUUGCAGCCUAUUAUUACGUUUACCAUGUAAUGAGGCACUACGACAAGUGGGCCGAGUUGAUGAACAUGUUGGAAUCGUUGGAUCAGAAUAUCUCUAAGGACAUGGCUAUCAAUGACGGAUACGUAAAGAUCAGCCAAAUAUUGGCCAUUCUGGUAACCCUAUUAUGUGGCCCAGUGUCACUGGUUACCCAUGUUCUUUAUUACUACUUCACUGCACCUGACCAAAUCUUUGCCUCCGAUUUGCUACUCUAUUAUACAAUUGCGCAGACUUUGGUAAACAGUUUCGUGUUCGACGUCGUUGUGUACAUGAUCUGUCACAGAUUUAGAGCGAUCAACGAGAUGAUCAGGCAGUUAAAUGAAAACUCGGCAGCCUACUGGAUCGCCUUGAAGAUUAGGAGAAUUAGGAAACUGCACAAUGGCACGUAAAUAUGUUCUGUAAUAAUGACGAUAAAUGAAAUCUAUGGCAUGGAUCUAUUAUUGUGCUCCACAAACGCCUUUAUAAUGGUUGUCGCAAAGUUGUUUAGAAUUUACAUGAGUGCUGCCGAACAUAAAAGUGGUUUUAUAUUUCUGAACAACGUAAUUUGGAUGAUUUAUGGAUGCCAAUUCGUCUUAAUGUGUUGGGUAUGCACGCUGACUCACAAAGAAAUAAAUAAAAUUGGAUUAUAUAUCAGCCAAUUUAUAUUGAACGCUCAACACUCAACGAAGAUCAACAAGUUGUCCUUCUUUCGAAAUUUUCGCAAUAAAGAACCGGAACAAUUAGAAAUUUAUAACAAUGAACGUAAUGAUAAUACUGUACUCAAUCUUAAUGCAUUCGGAAUGGAAAGUCUCCUACGAUCAAAUUUCGAACGCGACUCUGUUCGAAAUGAAAUCAAUGAUUUCUCGUUGCAGUUACAACAGUAUAGAAUUACAUUCACCGCAUGCGAUUUCUUUCAAAUGGAUAAUUCCUUAUUGACCAGAUUCAUCAGCGUUAUCACAACGUACUUGAUCAUUCUGGUCCAAUUUUACAAACCAGAAACACUCUAAACACGU